AUGUUCAACCAGAAAUCCUCAAAGUCUCCAACCUCUAGCCAGAGCUCGUCACGCUCGCAGUCGGGCAAUCGUCAGCAAGAAACUCAUUACCGGGUCUUCAUACCACAAAUCGACUCCGUCGCCUUUGACCCUCUUGACCCGCCCAAGCGAUACCACGAAGGUAUAUUCGUCACAACCAAUGACCGUGAACGCACUGGAACACUUUUCCACGUCACAGGCGACGUUAUUGCAGCCGGCGGUAUGAGAUACGAAGCGAAAGACGGCUAUGAUCCCUUGAGCUCAAGGCAUUUUCACGCCAUGCCGUUUGUCGGAUGGGUCCGUAAGGACGAUUACCAUUCAGGGAGAAUUGACUCUGUCUUGAGAGCUCUGCCGAGACCAACCAAACAACAGGGGUUGAACUUCUGGCAGAAGAAGGAGGACCCUACUGAAGAGACUGAGAUGAUCUGGACGAAGCAGAACGGGGAUCCUUACAAGCCUGGAGAGCCCCGACGACCCAUUUUCAAAUGCAACGAGUGGACGCAUCAGUAUGCAGUCCCAGCGCUACGAAAUGCAGGCAUUCUACGCUCGGGUUAA